GAAAAGCAUCAAUUUGGUGAUCAUCGAAGAGGACAGCUACGAGAAGGAUGUCCUUUUUUACGUCCAAUUGGGAGAGCCACAGAUGUCAGGCGACGAGGUAGCCAGUUUGGCGGCCGAUGCGGAAAGAAAGGCACCCGAACAACGAACGCAGCGGGAAAGGAUCGCUUUAUUGGGCAGACCGAGGCUGGGAGAGGUAACCAGGGCACAAAUUAGAAUAAAGGAGAGCAAGGAAUUCAAGAACACUGUCGAUAAAUUAGUGCAACGCGCUAAUGCCUCCCUCCUGAUAGGCACUUCUUCGUGGAAAGAGCAGUUCGUAGAAGCACUGACGGUGAGCGCCAGCGGCGGCGACGACGACGACGCCGACGCUGGCGACGCCUGCAAAGAGCCGUCCUGCCUCGAUUACGUCUUACACGGUCUCACCGUGUUUUGGAAGCUCAUUUUCGCCUUCGUUCCGCCCACAGACAUCUUCAAGGGCUAUUUGUGCUUCGUGGUGUCCAUAGUGUGCAUCGGAGUGGUGACAGCUGUCAUAGGGGACGUCGCUUCCCAUUUCGGCGCCACGCUCGGCAUCAAGGACUCCGUCACCGCCAUAGUGUUCGUCGCUUUAGGAACCAGCAUUCCAGAUACGUUCGCUAGCAAAGUGGCUGCAAUCCACGACGCUCACGCCGACGCCAGCGUCGGAAACGUGACGGGCAGCAACGCCGUCAACGUCUUUCUCGGCAUCGGCGUCGCCUGGUCCAUCGCCGCCCUUUACCACCACUUCAACGGAAAAGUCUUCCUAGUCGAUCCCGGCAACCUCGCAUUUUCCGUGACGAUUUUCUGUUCGGGAGCCGUCCUGGUCAUCGUCAUUUUGGUGCUGAGAAGAUCGAAAUACAUAGGCGGAGAACUGGGAGGGCCGGUAUGCAUGAAAUACGCCACCUCGGCAGUACUGUUCAGCUUUUGGAUAUUUUAUUUGGUCAUGUCGACGCUGGAAGUGUACCACGUCAUACCCGGAUUUUAA